AUGGAUUCUGUUAUGGAGAAUAAUAGCUCAGGUAGUGAUGAAGAACUCCAAGAUGAUCAAGAGUCCACCGUUAACGAGAGGGUCAUCUAUCAGGCUGCAUUACAAGAUAUGAAGCAACCCAAGACCGAAAAGGAUCUACCUUUUGGUGUUCUUUCAGUUCCUCUUAUGAGACAUCAAAAAAUUGCAUUGGAAUGGAUGCGUAAGAAAGAAAAAAGAAAGUUGCACUGUUUGGGAGGGAUAUUAGCAGAUGACCAGGGGCUUGGUAAAACAAUCUCGACGAUUGCUCUUAUCCUAUUACAAAAGUUGAAGUCACAAUCAAAGCCAAGAAAGCCGAGAAGUCAAAAAUCUGGUGGUACACUAAUUGUUUGUCCAGCGAGUGUUGUAAAACAAUGGGCAAGAGAGCUUGAUGAGAAGGUUUCUAAUGAACACAAGCUCUCUGUUUUAGUCUACCACGGAUCUAAAAGAACCAAAGACCCUACUGAAUUAGCAAAACAUGAUGUGGUCGUCACAACCUACGCCAUUGUUACCAACGAAGUUCCCCAAAACCCUCUCUUGGAUUUUUGUGAAAGUAAGAAGAGAGGUAGAGAAACCACUGAAAGACCUCCUUCUUCUUCUGGUGCACUAAAAAGAGUUAGGUGGCUGAGAGUAGUAUUAGACGAAGCUCAGACAAUCAAGAACCGUAGAACGCAAGUUGCAAGAGCAUGUUUCAGUCUUAAAGCCAAAGGGAGAUGGUGUUUGUCAGGAACGCCCAUACAGAACAAAAUCGACGAUCUUUAUAGCUAUUUCAGGUUCCUUAGAUACCAUCCAUAUGCCAUGUACAAGUCAUUUCGACGAACAAUCAAAACCCCACUGACCAAGAAUCCUCUUCAUGGUUACAAGAAGCUUCAAGCUGUUCUAAGGGCUAUAAUGCUGCGGCGCACCAAAGGAACAUUACUUGAUGGGCAACCCAUAAUUAACCUACCUCCAAAGGAAGUUCAUUUGAGCAAAAUUGACUUGUCAGAAGUGGAAUGGUCUUUCUACAGGAAGCUUGAAAUACUUGCACAACAUGAGUUCGAGGAAUAUGCUGCUGGAAACGGUUCGGGAAACUAUGCUCAUAUGCUUGUGAUGCUUCUGCGACUACGCCAAGCUUGUAACCAUCCACAACUUCUCAGAGGAUAUAUAGACUCAGAUGAUUUUAGCAGUUACACAAAAGAAGCAGUUAGAACCAUACCUAGAGAGUCUCUUAUCAUCCUCCUCAAUCUCUUAAAAUCAUCCUCGAACAUCUCCUGCUCUGUCUGCAGCAGAUCCACCAGGAUCCACCAGAAGACCCUGUGUGGCCAUGUGUUUUGCUUUGAGUGUGUCUCUCAAAUCAUUAACGGGGAUCCGAAAACGUGUCCUGUACAGGGAUGCAGUACAGAGCUUGCACCUAAAUUUGUUUUCUCUGAAUCUAAACUCAGAAGUUGCAUCAAGGAUUACGAAGAUCAUGAUGGUAAAAACGCUUUCCGGGUUUUGCAAAAAAGCGAGUUUGUUUCAUCGAAAAUCAAAGCUGUGAUAGAGAUUCUUCAGUCGCACGCAAAGCAAGACAGUCCAGACUCUCCGGCAAUAAAGACAAUAUUGUUCUCUCAGUGGACAAGUAUGCUUGACUUGGUUGAGCAUUGUUUUGUCGAAAACGGCAUAAGUUUCAGAAGAUUAGAUGGUACAAUGUCCCUAGGAACAAGAGACAUAGCUGUAAAAGAAUUCAACAAUGAUCCUGAUGUUCAAGUGAUGCUAAUGUCUCUUAAAGCUGGAAACCUUGGAUUGAACAUGGUAGCUGCAUGUCAUGUGAUUCUGUUGGAUCUUUGGUGGAAUCCAACAACAGAAGAUCAAGCCAUUGAUCGAGCUCAUCGUAUUGGACAAACUCGGACGGUUACUGUUACUCGUAUUGCUGUCAACAAUACCGUUGAAGAUCGGAUUUUGGCUCUUCAGGAACGUAAAAGGGAAAUGGUUGCAUCUGCAUUGGGUGAAAAUCAUGGUAAAAGCUCUGCGAUUCAAUUAACACUAGAAGAUCUCGAGUAUCUGUUUUAUGGUGUGUAG